GUAGACGUUCAGAGUCUUUCGUGAUAAGUUGUGUGGGAAUUAAAAAUAACUUUUCGCACUCAACAAAGCACAAUGUCAAAAGUGUUGGAAUAUUCCUUAGAGGAUGCGAUCGCACGCACAAAAUUCGGAAAAUUUAAUUAUUUUAUGAUUGUCCUUUCCGGCUUAGUACUUGCUUGUGGUAUGAUGGAGACGAACUGCAUCAACAUAAUCCUACCAAUUGCUCAAUGUGAAUUGAAUUUGAGUAAUGUUCACAAAGGUUUAUUAGGCUCCGUUGGAUAUAUAGGAAUAAUUUUAUCAUCUCAUUUUUGGGGAUUUAUGGCUGACACGCGAGGGCGUAAAAAAGUCAUUGUACCUGCACUUAUGUUAUCAUUUCUAUUUACCGUGAUUUCUACAUUCGCAAAAUCAUUCUGGUUUCUCGCUUUGUUUCGAUUUCUCAACGGAUUCUGUGUUUGUGCUCCGCAAACAAUCAUUUACGCUUUUCUUGGCGAAUUUCACUCAACACAUCAUCGCUCUCGUGUUUUGAUCAUCGCUUCUGUGAUGUAUGGACUUUUUGUUUUGAUUAUGCCAAUUAAUGGAAUUGCAUUUCUCAAUCGAGAGAAUUGGAAGCUGUUCAUUCCUUUCCUGAAUCUCAAUUAUGGUGCAUGGAGAAUAUUUUUGUUCAUGUGCAGUCUUCCAAGUGCCAUUUGUGCAAUCGUAAUGAUCUUUUUUGUUCCUGAAUCUCCAAAAUUUAAAUAUGCUCAAGGUGAUGAAGAAGGAACUCUAGAAAUAUUAAAGAAAAUUUUCAAAUCUAAUACUGGAAAGUCAGCAAAUGAAUAUGAAGUUAAAGCCUUAAUUAAAGAUGAUGAAUUCCUUAAAGGAAGUGAAGUGAAUUCAAAAGGAUUUUUCUACUUUAUGUGGUCACAAACUGUUCCAUUAUUCAAAAGUCCACAUUUGAAAAAUACAGCAACUGCAUGCUUUUUACAGUUUGGAAUAUGUGUUGUUGCUAAUGGCUUUUGGACAUUCUUUCCUGAAAUUCUUAAUAAAGUUUCAUUAUGGACAACAGAUAAUCCUCAUGGAUCUGCAACAGUAUGUGGUGUUCUAGACUAUUUCAAUAGAAUUUCAAGCAAUAGUUCUACUGCAACCAAUAGCGACAAUCCAACUUGCAUCACGAAAUUAGAGUUUAGUACAUUCCAAAAUAUUGCUAUGCUCACAUUGCUCUACAGUGUAUUUUGGUUUGUUAUAUCGAUAGUAAUUAAUAAAACAGGAAAACUUGUGAUCAUGGUGAUUGUUGCUGCCGUUAGUGGUACAUCAAGUAUUUUAUUAAUGUUCAUACAAGUGCCAAUGGCAUCAAUUUACAUUUAUUUAGUCCUGUUACUCGCUGGAUUAAAUAUGAGCAUUGUUAAUACAUCAACAGUUGAAUUAUUUCCAACAACAUUGAGAGCUAUGGCUGUGUCUAUAUCGAUGAUGGCAGGUAGAAUUGGAAGCGUAGCUGGAUCAAACUUUGUGGGUGUAUCAAUUAAAAACUUUUGUACAUACACAUGGCUUCUGCCUACAAUUUUAUUGUUUUCUGGAGGGCUUUUGUCUUUCACAAUUCCAAAUAUCAAUAAAAGAAUAAAAUAAAGUAGAUAAAUGAAGGAAAAGGUUUAUUAGAGCCUAAAGCAUCAUAAUUAUAGACAUGAGAAUCGAACAUUAAAUGUGAAUAUUUUUGAAUAAUAAAGCCUCAAAAGACCCUAAAAAUCUCUCAUUGCUCCUAAAUUUCAUCUCAUUUAAAAUUGAGAUUUUUUUUGGUAAAUUUCAUAAUCAGUAAUGUUCACAUCCAUUAAAUUCUAA